AUGGAUACGUGCAAAGUAGGAGAGAGCAAUACAACAUUACUUGUCUUGAUUAAGUCAGCACCGUCGCACAGACCACGAAGAGACGUGAUUCGGGAGACAUAUAUGAGUGACAUCAAGAAGAUGAAUUUAUCCGCUAAGGUGUUAUUUGUCCUCGGAACAACAAAGGUAGCACAGGACCAAGAGAGCAUCAAGGACGAGACUGAGCUCUACGGAGACAUUCUGCAGGCGGACUUCAAAGACCACUACUAUAACCUGACAAUCAAGCUUAUUAUGGGGUUCAAGUGGGUGACCAACUUCUGUAGGAGCACUGAAUUCAUGAUGUCGAUAGACGAUGAUGUGAUGCUGGACCUCGUGACCCUUGUUCAAGACCUAGAGGGGUUACCUUCGCGGAACCGCACCAACUUCUGCCUAGGUGAGCCAAACGUGGGCAAGCCAAUACGAAAUACGUCAAGCAAAUGGUACUGUCCGAAGGCGAUUUACCCAGAGGACACCUAUCCGGUGUCGCCGUAUGGCGCUGGCUACGUCCUAUCUCAAGAUGCAGUCCAGAAGCUAUACAAUGCUUCGAAGAAAUUGCUGCCUGUAGUGCCUUUUGAUGAUGUGUACUGUGGUAAAUGGUCACCUGUUGGUUUCAGUUGA